AUGUCUUUGUUGGUGGUCGACGCUUUAACUGGUUAUGUUACCUAUGCUAUUGUUCCCGACAACGCUUCUACCCAUUUAACCCUUAUUGCUUUAGAGGGUAUUUUCCUAGCUCGUGGUUACCCUCUGGGUUUGCUCUCCGAUUCAGACGCUCGCUUUACAAGUACUGCUGCAGUGGCAUGGAGCAAGGCCCUUGGCAUUAG